AUGCAGGGCCCUUUGACGCGGCAAGAAGUAGCAAAGCACACCGAGGAAGACGACAUUUGGGUCAUUGUCGACCACAAAGUGUACGAUGUUUCAGACUUCCUAGACGCUCACCCCGGUGGAGAGGUCGUUCUCCGACAAGUCGCUGGCCAAGAUGCAACCGCAGCCUUCUACAACCUGCACCGACAUGAAGUUCUACAGCAAUACAAGGCCUUGUGUAUCGGAACCCUUGAAGGCGAGGAGCCCGAAGCCAUCGAUCACAAGCCAGGCGAUCUCAGCACCGUGCCUUAUGCAGAACCACUCUGGCUUAAUCCAGAGUUCUACAGCCCAUACUACACUGAAGGACACAAGAAGUUCCAAAGAGCUGUGCGAGAAUUCGUGGAUACACAUGUUGUUCCGGAGGCGGCGGAAAAGGAGAAAGAUGGCACGUAUGUUUCUCAAGAGCUCAUCAACAAGAUGGCCGAUGUCAAUCUCCUGGCAUGCAGACUGGGUCCUGGCAAGCACUUGAAGGGACGCAAGAUCUUUGGUGGCGUCGUGAAGGGCGAGGAAUACGAUUACUUUCACGAUCUGAUCGUCAGUCAGGAGAUCGUGAGGGCGAACAUGAGAGGCUUCCAAGACGGAAACAUGGCAGGCAUGACAAUCUCCCUCACAGCUGUGCAUCAAUGGUGCAAGGACAACGAGCUUCGGGAAAGAGUCUCGGGUGAGGUGCUUAGUGGCAAGAAGAAGAUCUGUCUUGCUGUCACAGAAGCAUUUGCAGGAUCCGACGUCGCUGGUCUGAGGACGACUUGCGAGGACAAGGGUGACCAUUACCUCGUGAACGGUACCAAGAAAUGGAUCACGAACGGGAUGUUCUGCGACUACUUCGUUACCGGAUGCAAGACAGACAAGGGCUUCACUGUCCUGCUUAUCGAGCGCGAUGACACUGUCGAGACUAAGCCGAUCAAGACUUCGUACUCCACUGCCGCUGCGACCACAUACAUCGAGUUUAACAACACCAAGGUGCCCAAGCGAAACAUCCUUGGGCCAGAGCACAAGGGUUUUGUGGUCAUCAUGGCCAACUUCAACCACGAACGCUUCAUGAUGGCCGGUAUGGUCGCAAGAUGGUCUCGCACGGUCACAGAAGAGUGUCUCAAAUGGGCGCAUCAACGACAGGUCUUCGGCAAGCGACUCAUCGACCAGCCUGUAAUCCGACAGAAGCUCGCCGUGAUGAUUUCCAACGUCGAAGCCAACCAAGCCUGGAUCGAGAGCAUCACAUAUCAAAUGACCAAGAUGUCUUACGACCAGCAAUCGAAGCAAUUGUCUGGACCAAUUGGACUACUAAAGACUUUCUGCACGAGAAGCGCACAUGAAGUUGCGGAUAAUGCUACGAAUAUCUUUGGUGGACGUGGUUUGACACAGACCGGUAUGGGUAAGGUGGUGGAAAUGUUUAAUAGGACGUAUAAGUUCGAUGCUAUUCUUGGUGGUGCGGAAGAGGUGCUGGCUGAUCUUGGUGUGAGGCAGGCUAUGAAGUUCAUGCCUGUGGGGGCGAAGUUGUAG